CCAAAUCUUCUUCCGCCAUUUUUCUUCUUCCUUUUCUGAGCUUUUUCACAAGAACUGAACGUUAAAACUCUUAAAAUCCUCAAAGCUCUACAAUUUACGAACAUCUACAAUCUCCCUCAACGUCGCCUCUAAACUUUCAUCGGGUGAAUUAUGGCGACGUUUGAGCUUUACCGGAGGUCAACGAUCGGAAUGUGCUUGACGGAGGCUUUAGAUGAGAUGGUUUCAAACGGUACUCUCAGCCCUGAGCUCGCUAUUCAGGUUCUCGUCCAGUUCGAUAAGUCAAUGACCGAAGCACUGGAAAGUCAGGUGAAGAGCAAGGUUACCAUUAAGGGACAUCUACACACAUAUAGAUUCUGCGACAAUGUAUGGACCUUCAUUUUACAGGAUGCUUUGUUUAAGAAAGAGGAUUCUCAGGAAACUGUCGGUCGGGUGAAAAUAGUAGCAUGUGAUUCAAAGCUACUCUUACAAUGAAAUCGUUUCUGACAAUGGUGGAAGGGGAUGGUUGAUUGAGAUUGGACAUACGAUAGAAAGCCAUCGACCUUUAUUGGAUGAAUUUUUCGAUGUACUUAAUUGUAUUUUUCUUUCUGAUAAUAUAAUGUACAACGGUGAAAGUUUUCGGACAAAAACAAUGGAACCUCUAUUUAUGACAAGAAUCAUUUCUAUUCCA